GUUUCACUGGCCAACCAGUAGCCAGCUAGCUAAGUUCUGUAGCUACACUUCAGGAAAUAUGGAUGAGGUGAUGAUACAAGUUCACGGUAGUACAUCGCACCCCCUUUCCAUGGGCCCGUAACCAUGUCCACAGAUGACAGUAUAUCUGAGGACGUGUCCACCUCCGGUGCUCUGAGCCACUGCCAUGCCAGUGCGGACGGGGAUGGAGGCAAGGAGAGUGAGAUCUCCUGCGUGUCGUCCGAGGGGACGUCGGCCUCCUGCCUUGCUGGACUGGAGGACGGACACACCCGUCAUCCCAAAACAUCAGAAGGCGAAGUGGGGAGUCGGCCCAUGAACAUCUCACCAGCAUGCGACAAGAUAAGGAGUCUGUGUCUGAGCACAGAGGAGGUGUUCGACCAGGGGAAGAGCCUGCCCUUCAUCACACCCAGCUCCCUGGAGACCCUCCGAGCUCUGGUGCAGGAGAUCCAGAACAGCGGAGAGACGGACCCAGAGAUGUGGAAGGACUGUGAGGGGCGAUGGCUGCAUCUGUUCCAGCUGGUCGAGAAGCAAUACCAAGAGCUACUUGCUCAGCAAGGACAAUACCAGUGCCAAAUACAGUUGAUUCAGGACGAGAUCAAAGCUCUGGUUCAACUCCAGAACCGCCAGCCCCACUCAGAGUUCUCCCCCACUUCUGCCACCAACACCACCGACCUCAAGCUGACCCUCGCCUCCGACCCCCUGCCCGCCCCCUCGGCACACCCGCCCCACGGCAGGACCGUCUCCCAGGGCCCGGGCCCGGCCCCCCUCCCCCAGAGAUCGUCGGGGGGCACGGAGGCUGUCACCCCGGCGGCGUCCUUCCAGGAGCGGCCCGUCACCGCGCUGAGCAGCGGAUACGGGACCCUGAGUGCCUGGGAGACGGGGCCCCACCAGACCAGCAGGGGGAUGACGGCGCAGAGCGGAGCGCGCCGGUGUGCCACCGGGGUUCGUCCAAUCACGGACGGACGUAUUCCCAAGCUAAAGAACCUGGUCCGUCGUCAUGCCAACAGCCGCAGCACGGUCUCCUUCCUCCUCUCCUAUAAUCGUCUCAGCGGCACCAACCAGCACUUGACCUCCUGGGCAAAGCAGCAGAAACUGAGGCCCAGGAAGGACAAGACAGGAACGGCCUCCUCCCAGGGCCAGGAGUCCCAGGAGCCCCCAGAGAGACCAGGUAGGCAACGUUGUUUCUGGGGUCCGUCGUCCCUACGUCGCCUUGUUUUACACGGCGACGCUGAUGUUGUCCUCUUCCGGUUUCAGUACCAGCCGGGGGGAGCCUCCACCUCCGUCUUCCCCUUGAGGAGGAGCAACAGCCUGAUGUCCGAGUCCUCAGGGCUGACCUACUGGCGUCUCAAUGAGUGUGACCUGUACCACCCGCUCCCAGACAGCCUGGACAGCGGGGCGUUCCUCUUCCUGCAGGAGGACACCAGUGCUACUCCCCCACCGGAGACCCAGUUGUCCCUGAAGGAGAUCUAUCGGAGCAAGCAGAAAGCUGCAUUAAAAUGUACAGACUGGGAUGGUUCACAGUCUUCUGGUCCUUUGUCACCCCAGGCGGGCGGGGCCUCGGACCCAGCCGCCCUCACGCGACAGUCGGACCGGACCUCGGGCUUCACCUCGCCCUCCCACUUCAGCAGCCCCUCCUACCAGAACCAAACGCACCCCCCGGGCCAGAGGGGUCCCGGGACGCCCGCCACGCCCGACAGCAUGGCCGGCCUGGGGAACCUGUCGGGCCCGUCCAGCACCUCCAGCGGCCUCCAGUCCGUCCCCGCAACGCCUCCCCCCAACACGGUGCAGGGCUCCUGGGGAAGCCCCGCCGGCCCCGGCCCCCCUGCCUCCGGGGGCAAGGCCCCGCCCGCUUUCUUCCUGACCGGGCGACAGAGCGGCCACCGAGCCAGCGAGGAGGAGGAGGGCAGCCACACGCACACCCACACCAGCACCCUGAAGCCAGGCUCCGCCUCCACGGAGAGCCCCCUCGGGCCCCUGGGGCCCCCGGGGCCCCGUGCGGACAGGGCGUCGCCGCUGGACGACCCCGUCGUGCUGUCGCUUCUGAGGCAGAACCUGAGAGAGAAACACGCCCGCCACGUGGCCGACCUGAAGGCCUACUACGAGUCUGAGAUCCAGAGCCUCAGGGACAAACUGGGCCUUGCACAGCUGCCCCCAGACCUUGAGAAGAGCAACCGCGCUCUGGAACUAAGAUGUAAUCAACUUGAGAAGGCACUUUCCGAAGCAAACCAUCGCAUCCAUGAGGUGGAGGCCAGAAACAACUACCUGGAGAAGAAACUGGCUGAUUGGCCGGAGAGGUACGCGGUGGCCGGCGCCACGGUGGCGUCCCUCCAGCAGCGUCUGGAGGACAGCAAGCGCUGGGGCGGCGAGAAGGACGCCCUGGCCUCCCGCCUCAAGGCCCGCGUGCGGCAGCUGGAGGAGUCCCUGCAGACCGCCGUCAGGGAGAAGGAGGAGAAGGAGGCGCAGAGGGAGCGCGAGUACAAGAUGCUGCAGGAUCUGCUUGGGGAGUAUGACAUGCUGCGGAAGGACUACGACGGAGCAAAGGACAACCUUUUGGGAACAGAGAACAAGCUUGUGGACUCCCAUGAGCAGAUAUCUGAUUUGAACAGGGCGAUCAGUAAACUGGAGUCUCAGGUGAAGCAGCUGGAGCACGAGAACCAAGCCAGGCAACGGCUCGUCUCCCACGGCAACACACAGCCCUCCGGAGCAGGCCUCUACCACCACCCAGACCUGCUGCUGUCCUCCAGUACCGCCAAGACGGAGAGCAGCCCCUCCCACCGCCGGGCCCCUGCUCCCACAGCGGACCAGCCCACCGGAGGCUGCCCGUCUCCCUUCCCCCAGACCAGCCAGAGGAGGAGCCCCUGUCCCCAGACCUCCGGCCACAGAGGGUCCCCCGGUCCCCAGCCCACCCAGCCCAAAAGCCACAGGAGGUCCUCUCGUCCCCAGACCACCCAGACGACCCCGCCCAGCGGCCAGAGGAGGUCCCCGUGUCCCCAGACACCCCAUGUCGCCCCGCCAAACGGCCAUAGGAGGUCCCCCUGUCCCCAGACCGCCCAGCCCAACCAGCCCAACCAGCCCACCAUCCAGAGGAGUUCCCCCAGUCCCCAGAACGACCCCCCAGCCCUGCCCGGAGGUCCUGCAGAGGGCCCUUCAAAGGGGGCCGGCUGGAGGAGUUUGUCUCUCCCGGAACGCGACCUGUCCCGGCCUCCGUCGCGGCAGCAGCCUCAAGUUCAUCAGGAGCCCAGCGGAGGGGCAUGGGACCUGGGCAGGAGAGAGAGCCAGAGCCCCCUGACCCCCGUGAUGAGGGCCCUGAUGGAGCUGGAGGAGACCAGGGCCACACAGAGCCGGGCCCCCUGGGUGGACAACCCGAGGUCCACUAUGGGCUUCAUGGAGCGACGGCACAAAGAGCCCGUCCAGGACUGGGUCUUUGGGCGCCCCGAAGACAACCUGGACAUCUCUAAAGCCCGGACCGGAUUCGUCCACGUAGCGGAGCGGGACGGCUCAGGAUCCGGAUCUGGAGCCACUCGUGCCGGAGCCGAAAGGGCGGUGGCGCUGCUCAGAGCCCAGAGGAGUCUGUCUCCGGAGGGGCACCGGUCCUCGUCCCUCCCCCCAGCGGCCCACCGUACCGGGCCCCCCCCGUCCACGCCCACGAAGAGAGAGACCCUGCUCCUCCCCCGCUCGGCCAUGUCCAGCCCCAAGCGCUGUCCCACCGAGAACUACUCCACCGCCUUCAGCCACAUGUUGCCACGGCAACAGCACCUGCAGGACAGGCUGGAUGGCGAGCAGGACCCCAGACGCCACUCCUUCCACCACUCCAGUCCCAGAAAGAGACUGCAGUUCUCAGAACCAAAUGAACAGGAUGGGCAAGGGUCCCCUGGCAGCGCGCACCCCACCGCGGGAGCCUCUCAGCUGGGCUGGGAGGAGGCGGGGCGCCCCGCUCUGCUGGAGGUCCCUGGCGGCUCAUCUCCUCUGCAGGACAGAGUGCACACGCUGGCCGAGGCGGAGCGGCUGUUCGAUGAGCUGACGCAAGAGAAGCUGCAGAUUGAAGCAGCCCUGAGCAGACUACCAGGAUCAGGUGGUAGAGUGAGUUUGCAGAACCGCUUAGAUGAGGUGGCCUUAGAGAAACGUCUGGAGACGUUGAAUCGGGAUCUGGGAUCCAUUCGUAUGACUCUGAAGAGGUUCCACGUCCUCCGCUCCUCUGCCAACAACUAGCAAUGUCUUGUUUUUAAAAUGCCAUCCUGAAGAGAGGGCAUUUUAGUGACUUGGUUUUUAUAUGCACCACUGAUUGUCUUUCUUUUACUUGACGUAUUUUAGUCCAUGUGUAAAAAAAACAUCCAUGGGAUAUUUUGUACGAUUUAUUUACUCUGGGAAAAUGUUUUUAUAUGUUGGAAAGACCUCACAACUUUUCGGAGUAUAUUUUGGUAAUGCAAAGAUUUAUAAAGCCUUUUACUUUUUUAGAUAAAAAUUAUAAUAUUAUAUAAGUCUUCAAUUUCCAUGUUCAGGUUAAUGUGGGUUUUUGAAUCUGAUAUUUUAAUGUAAAUUUGAUGACCAUCCAUAGAAGGAAAGUUUCACUGCCAUUUCGUAUUUCUGUUUGAGCUUGUUUUUAAAGUACAUUUUCACUUGACAUUGUUUUUACCUGAGCCCAGUCGAUUUCUGGUGUUUUUUAAUCUUCAUCUUGAAAUUACACGACUUGAACGAAACUCUUAGCCUUUAUUAAAUGGCAUUUGAAUUGCUUUUCCUACUGUAAGAUGUUAAUGCCUGAUUAUAAACUGCUUGUGAAAUCCAAACCAGCAAUAUUGUCAACAAACUGAAAUACCCUUCUCACAAUGCUUAUGUAUGGCACUUUCAAUUUAUUUAGUCAUUCCAUCUCGACCCGUCUGCAAUGACCUCACUGAUAUGAAUCCCACUGGAACUGUUCUUAUUGCACAAUUAAAAAAAUAAGCUUUU